UUCCGGAUCCCUUUCUCAUCCUGAGCCAGCCGAGUCCCGCACGCCGCCAGGCAGGUCCCGCUUCCAGCUGCUGGCUAGCCCCGCCCAGUCCGGAAGUCCUCUCACGCCCGCCCAACUCCGUCACUUCCACUCACUUCCUCAGGCCACGCCCCUGCGCCUGGGAGCCUGACACCUGCGUACGAGGGGGAUUGUUGCGUCUGGUACCCGGACUCGGGAAGGUCUUUGCCCGGCGAGCUCCCCGGUUCCCGCUGGUCUCCCGGAAGAUGAUGGCGUCUUGCGCGCUGUUCCACGCAGAUCCCGGCCUCCCCGAGAGGCGCUCUUCACUGUCCUGCUUUGUAAUCCUUUUGGUGGCCCCAGGGCUACUGCUACCCAUGCCCUCCGAUGCCUGUGACCCUCUGCAGUACAACUCUAUGAAGCCAACUGUUGUUAAAUCCAGUUAUAAUCCUGGGGAAAAUGUACAAUUUCAGUGUCGCCCAGGAUACAAGCGUAUUAUACCUCUUCUUCCCGUAUCUUCUGUUUGUUACCCUAAUAACACAUGGACACCUCUCCAGGAGGCUUGUACAAAAAAAUCAUGUCAACAUCCAGGAGAUCCCGUAAAUGGCCAUAUGGUCAGCGUAAAUGGAAGUUUUCUCUUUGGAUCACAGGUUCACUAUGCUUGUAAUGAGGGUUAUCGAUUGUUUGGGUCAAAAGUUAUUCAUUGUGAACUUUCUAGUAUCGACGAUAAUACAAUGACUUGGAGUGAUAAUCCCCCUCUAUGUAGUAGGAUAUUGUGUCUACCACCCCCAGAAAUAACAAAUGGGAAAUAUACCAAUAGUGGCAAGGAAGAAUAUGAAUAUAAUGAAGUGGUAACUUACAGUUGUGAUCAAUCAAGUGGACCAGAUGCAUAUUCACUUAUUGGAGAGAGCAGACUUGUUUGUACUGGAAAUGGUGAAUGGAGUGGUAACCCUCCGCAGUGUAAAGUGGUCAAAUGUCCACAUCCUGAACCCGCCAAUGGAAAGCUGACGUCAGGAUUUGGAAGAAAAUAUUCCUACAAAGCAACAGUUGUGUUUACGUGCUCAGAGGGUUAUUACUAUAAUGGAACCAACAUAGCAGUCUGUGGCAGUAACGGUACUUGGGAGCCUGCAGCCCCAAUGUGUUACAAAGCGUCAACUCCUCCCAGUACAAAACCUCCAAUUCCGAGUGUCUCAGAAUCCAAGCCUCCUCUUAUGACUACGACUCCGGGUUCAAGCCAUCCAGAUUCAGAUCAUCCAGGAGCUCCCACUACCACUGCACCACCACCUGAAGACGUUAAUACUUUAGGCAAAGGAAUCAUUGCUCUGAUUGUCAUUGUUGUUCUUGCUGGCAUUGUAUUCCUUUGCUGCAUCCUGGUCAUAUUUUAUCGACACAAGAAGAAAGGGAAAACAGAAGUUAGCGCCUCAUACAGCACUUACCAGGAUAAAUCCGCUUCGCCAGCAGAGUCCACGCAGUAAACGGUUUCCACACAGUGCAUCUUCUGAUUCUUUUAGAAUGUUGACAUCGAUGGUAAAUUCAUAUAGCCUCUAUGGAAAACAUACACGCCUUCCUCAAAAAACUAAAAACCAAACCAACGAAUGAUUUAGCAGUUCCACUUGCUGGCAUAUAUCCAAAGGAAACAAACAAACAAACAAAAACACUGCAGCUCUCUGUUCUCUGCAGCAUUAUUUACAACGGCCACCACACGGAUGCCAACCUAAGUGCCCCUGGACAGAUGAAUCGUUAAAAGAAAACAUGGUAUCCAAAUACGGCGGCAUACUGUCCAGCCAUAAAAAAGGAAGGAAAUCUUGCUGUUGGCCACAAAAUGCAUGGACCUUCAGGCAUUUUGCUAAGUGAAAUAAGGUCGAACAAAGACAAAAUACUGUAUGAUCUAAUUUGUAGAAUCUAAAAGGAAAAAAAAAAAAAAUCCCAGAAAACAAAAACAAACCCUAGGAACAAAUCAGGUUGGUGGUUGCUGGGGGGUGGGGGCAGAUUUGGCUGAAGGUGGUCAAAAGGGACACACUUCCAGUUCUAAGACUAACGAGUGCUGGGAUGUAAUUAUCGUUCAGUCUGCUGUCAGUAGUAUAUUGUAUUUUUGGAGAGUUGCUGAGCAGAAGACAAACACUUUUAUAAAUGAAGUAAUGGAUGUGAA